GGACAGGAGAGAGGACAGUGGAGGACAGGAGAGAGGAGAGUGGAGGACAGAAGAGGAGAGUGGACAGGAAUAGAGUUGAGAAAAGAGAAGAAAGUGGAGUAAAGGAGAACGUUUCUGUCUCUAAAACCCACACAGCACGCCAUCAUGAAGCUGACCCUGAGCCGCCUGGCUGCUUUUCUCGCCUCUUUCGGUCUCCUCAGCUUUGUGUGUCUGAUUGUGGCUGUUGGAAGUGAUUUCUGGUACAUCAUCGACACUUCGAAGAGAGACAGCAACAUGGUCUCUCUCAGCUCUCACUCUGGACUCUGGAGGACCUGUAACUCUCAGGAUCAAUGCCAGCCUUUUAUAAACCCCUUUGCAAAUGGAGGAAACUUCACAGAUUCACAAAAGCGGAUAUUAAACAUGCAGGCGACAUUCAUCGUGCUGCUGCCCCUCAGUGUGAUCAUCCUCUUUCUCGGAGGGAUGAUGGGCGUCAUGAGCAUUCUGGCUCGAGCCCAUCGUCUUCUUCUCGCCACCGGAUUGCUUCUCCUCAGCGGCACUGUGAUUACAUUUAUGGGCAUCUGCAUGUACGUGGCCUACUCUGCAGCUGCCUUCCGAGAGGCUGUGUCUGUGUCUGGACACAAGACUCUGGAAGACAUCGACAUCUAUUUUGGCUGGUCUCUGGCCUUCGCAGCCAUUUCCUUCUUUACUGAGCUCAUCACAGCCAUCACGUUUCUGCUCACUUCAGCUCGCUUGGGCCAGCUCAUGCGCCGAGACCUGGACAGGUGCUUAGCAGAAUAAGACGUCUGGAGGUCGUAUCGGUGCCCCUCAGAAACAGAGCUCUUGAUGUUGCCAUUAUUACGUAUCGAUCUGUUUUGUGAGGCAUGGCAUUUUUGUAAAUGUGUUAAUAUACCUUUUUAUACGAUUGUUUUUUGGAGCUGAAGGGUAUGAAGCUGUUUUGCGCUGAUGAGAAUACAGGUUUAAAUUCUCUGCGGAUGCCUGGAACUGUUCUGCCAUGACAAUGGCGAAAAACAGAGCAACAGAUCACCGCCACAACAGGAUAACAAUAUAAUUGUACAGUAAUGAAAUCAAUGUCUGCAAAAUAAAGUCUCUGUAAUGUCACUUCAUAAAAUUUCAGGCUAAUUACUGACACAGAACGAUGGUUUUUUCUGGGCUGACUGGAUUCGCUGGUGAUUCAGCGUUUCAGAAUCUCUACAAAUUGAUGAACGGAAUAAAUUCUGAGCUUUUUUUCAGCAGGUAACCCAUGUCACUUCACAGGUGUGACCGAUCAGGUAUCAGAUAAAAUUAGAUUGCUUCAUGAUAUUAUACUGGUGUACAAAUACUGUUAAUUUUAGUCUACUAAGUGUGGAAUUCUGGGAAAAUAUUGACAGCAGUUAUCGAUUACGCGGUAUUAGAGAUAUUACCUUGUCUGGCUAGUUCUAUGUUUUUUCACUGCUUCCAUUACUUUAUCAUCCAAGUUUUGAUAAAAAGGAAAGAUUCAAUUAUUUUAUUGAAGAACGCUAAGCGCAAUGAGUUUCGACUGGAAAGCUGGAUGGCGUAGGUUUGCUCGCUAAGCUAACGUUUUAAACAGAGAACCCAGUUUGUGUUUUUUUCCCUUUCAUUUAUCCUGAUUUUCUUUGAAAUAGCAAGGCAGAAUUGCGUAAUCUUUCAUUACAGCCGUUCAACUGGACUUCCAUGACAGACCUUUAUGAUCUGUGAAGCUUUUUUAUUUUUCAAAUUGUUCUUUUUUUAUGUUAAUUGUUUUUAUUAUGUAA